AUGGCAACACGUACUUCCAAGGGAAGAUCGAAGCAGGGCUGCAUGACCUGCAAGGACCGUCACCUCAAGUGUGACGAGAGCAGGCCAGUCUGCAGAAACUGCCGCAAAGUCGGCAGAGAGUGCGUUCAAAGGGACGGCUCUCGGACACACCCAUCGUCGACAGGCGGCAACCUGACCUCUGCCAACGCUCCCAACACCAAUGCUGCCACCACUGUCGGCAAGCUGCGUGUAAGCCUCAAUGGCAACAACACCAGUGAGACUGCAAAAGCUGCCAACACGGUCAGCGACAUCGCAAAGCCCCUGGGCGAGUAUAAAGAGGGCGAGGUUGACUCUACCAACCUUGACAACGACAUCAACAACCUCGCACAAAACAUCAAGAACCUUCGUUAUCCUCAGACCACCAUCAUGGACAAGAAGACCGCUACCAAGCCUAAGUCAGCCGCACCGGUCCCGGGCAGUGACAAGAACCUCUCAAAGUCUCCCACCACCUCCAAACCCAGCGAGCCAGAGAUGAACGACAACAAGAAGCCUUCCCACCCUGCUCCAGGCGCCAAGUUCGUCUCCACUCUCUCACUGGCAUCCACAACCACCGACCGCCCUCCCGGCCCCAACUUCACUCCUCUUCGACCUAUGACUCACUGGGUUCAUCCUCGCCCCGCCAUCAUUCCCAGAACCGAAGCCACCGAUGCCGAAAAGGCCGAAAUCCGCGCCGAACAGGCAGCCAGAAAAGCCGAAAAGGAAGCAGAAAAGCAGCAGAAGAAAAGAGAGAAUGAAUUCUUGGUGGCUAGGGCCAAGGAAGCUCAGAUGCAGGUCGGAGCUCAGCAGUUGGGCGGUUACAGGGAUUGUACUUAUGGUACUUGUUUGGAGAGUGCUGCUGCUUGCAAGUGCGACCCUUACUUGAUGGAAGAUUCGGAGUAA